AUGUCGGCCUACCUGCUGAGCCACCCGAACAACACGCUGUGGGACUACUUCAAGAUCGAGCGCAGGCAGAAGAAGGAGAUGAACAAGAACCUGCCGCUCAAGCAGCGCAUCAAGAACGCGAUCACGGGCUUCGUCGACUACACGGCCGACACGGUCAUCGCCAUGGCGCAGAUGCUGGCCGACGCCAUCGAGUGGAUCAUCAACACCAUCCGCAACCCGCUCGUGGGCGUCAAGCAGGUGGCCACCUUCUUCAAGGAGUUCGGCACCAACAUCAAGGCGCUGUGGGGGCUCAUGAAGGAGGACCCCAAGGAGACGGCCGAGAACAUGGGCGGCGGUCUGCUGCUGCACAUUACCCACCACCCGUCCGAGUUCACGGCGGAGACUGUUCUGAUGAUCGGUGGCGGCUUCGCAGUCAUCGGUGGCCUCAUGGCCGGCGUUGAGGCCAUCUUCGGUACCAUGAGCAACGUCAUCUCGAACGUCCUCCUUUCGGUUUUGAUGUUCAUCCACGCUAUUGACGACCCGAUCUACAUCGUCACGCCCCUGGUCACGUCCAUCGUGAACACUGCCGGCGAGCUGGCCAACGGUGGCAACUCGACCACCAACAGCACUGUGGUGACCGUGGACCAGAUCCAGGCUUUGGACACGUGCCAGAUCCCGCCCGAGUUCCGCCCGGUCUUCUCUUCGCGCGACCUGUGCCUGAGCUCGCCCGAGCAGGUGCGCCAGCUCAUCUUCGGCACGUUCAAGCGCACGGCCAAGAUGAGCUCGCUCGAGCGUAUCGCUGCCUACAACCACUUCCACGACUUCGUGUGCUGCUACCUCGAGAACCAGGAGUUCGAGGUGAACGCCCCCAAGACGGACGCCACGGCCUUCGAGUCGGAGCUCGUGUCCACGCCCGUCAAGAUGACCAACUGCUCGCAGCUGCUCGCCAACUACACCGCCGCGAACGUCUGGAAGUCGUCCACUAUCAGCAGCAGCAGCACCGACGGAACGACGAGCCUCAGCAGCGAAUCCAACACUGGUGCCCAGACGACGAACGGCAAGGUCGGCGUCCAGACUACAGGCAGCAAGGCUGCGCUCCGCAGGGGAUAA